UUCGAAUCAUGGUGGUCUUUUUGUUCGUCGACUACAUGGCUGCGGUCACCGUGCCGAUUCAGCUGCUCUUCUUUGGGCUCUACUUCCUCCGCUUCCAGCAGGAGCCCAUCACCCCUCGGGGCCGGUUCCUCACCUCAGUCACAUUUAUUUUCAUCUUGAUUCACCACAUUGUCUUGCUGGUGACCCUGUAUGACCCUCGACGGUUGAUUGUCUCCUGCUGGGGCGUUCUCAUCACCUCCGGGCUAUACCCCCUUUUUUGGGGCCUGCCAUACGUCCUCCGGGCGUUGGUUGUUUACUACCGGCACAUGCACAACAAGCAUGCCAUGUGCAUGUCGCGCCUGAGCAUGUUGCGCGACUCGUCAUCGGCUUCCCAAUUGCACGAGGAUACCUUGCUUUUGCCGGCCAGCCCGGCGGCCGGUGGGCGGGAGAUGCCCCAGGAGGGCUCGCGCUUCUGGAGCUUGCUGAUGCCGUGGAGGACAUCCGGCCGAUCGGGCGAGGCCAAGGCUUCGGAUGCCCUUCCGGAGGGGAGCCACCCGCUGGAGCCGCUGACCUCGAAGGUGGACCCGGCGCCCGGGGCAGCGGGCGCAUGCGCCUCGGCCGGGCUCCCGGAAGGCACUGCGAGCUCCACCAGCAUGGAGCCCGUCUCGCCGGGGGGGUCUCUCUGCCAGUCCAAGCACAAGACCUCGGCCUUGAGCUUGACCAUGGAUGCCCCUUCGCCGACCAGCGAGCAGCCUGGCGAGGUGGUCGAUGUGUACCAACUUAAGCAGAAGCUGGCGCAGGAGUUGAACAAGGCCAUCACCUUUCGCAAGACCAGGAGCUUUGCCCUGCUGAAGUGGGUUCAAUCGUCUCGCAACCAGGUCAUCAUCUUCCUCGGGACCAGCCUCGUGUCAUUGAUCUUUGUGGUGAUGGCCAUGAUCCUAACCAUCGACACCCCUUUCGAUAAUUACACCAACGCCAACCCCAGCUGCAUCUAUGGCUCGAAGUAUGUCAUCAUGCUGGAGGUCAUUGUCCUGAUCCCGAUUGUGGCCAUACCGGUGACCAUGGUUUGGUCCGCGCGGGACAUCUACCUCAUGAAGCAGGAGCUCUACAUCAAUACAUCGGCCUCCUUCCUGGUUGCCCUGCUGUGGGGCAUCUCGGCGGCGAUCGGGGAUAUGGGCUGGUUCCGGCCGGAAAUCAUCGCCAUCUUCCUGACAACCUUCAACAAUCUGCUGAUUGUCAUCUUCCCCGUGACCCUGUCCUUCCUGCCCUUCUACCGGAAUUUGACGCACCAGCGGAACUGGAAUCCCCUGUUCAUGAGGGAGAGCCAAUCCGCGGAGGAGCCCCGGUCGGCUGUGAAUGGGAUCUUGGACUUCGAGACAUUCCGGCACUUCCCCGGGCCGGCCAUGCAGUUCGAGCAAUUUUGCGUGGAGUCCUGGUGCGCGGAGAUCCACCUCUUCCAGACCCGCUGCCUGAGGUACCUGGACAAUUACGACCGCAUGUCCCCGAUGCAGCGGUACCGGGAGGUGCUGGAGAUGCGCGACCAGUUUGUCCGCAUCGAGUCGCCCUUCGAAAUCAACAUCCCCGGCAACAUGCGGCAGAAGCUCCUGCGGACCUUUGACGAGGUGGCCGUUUUGGACCAGGACGGCCAGCCGGGGCCCAUCCCCCGGGACAUCUUCCUGCCGGCGCAGCAGGAGACCAGCGAGCAGCUGAAUCGCCUGCUGCACAUCUGGCGCGACACGCCGGCCGGCAAGCGCGAGACCCAGGAGCUCCUGGUCCUCUGACGGGCGACGGCCGGGGGAUUGGCUGGCCAGGUGAAGUUGCCCGGGCCGCCUCCCUUCCCGGUCGUGUGUGUGUGUGGCUCUCUCUCUCUCUCUCUC